AUGGGGUUCUUUGGCAAGUCUGAGCCGUCUGACGACGCAAUCCAGAGAGCUCCCGCCGACCAGGAUGUCGAGAAGCGAGUCCCCUCCCAUGAGGAGGCCGGCCCGAAGCAGCCCUCCGCGGCGAUCCCAGCCAUCGAUCCGGAGGUGGAACGCCGUGUGCUGCGGAAGCUGGAUUUGCGCGUCCCGACAAUCAUGGCCUUUUUCUAUCUACUUGCUUUCCUCGACCGAAGCAACGUCGGCAAUGCAAAAAUUGCGGGAAUGACGACCGAUCUGUCCCUGACGGGAAAUCGGUACCCAUGGCUCCUGACCAUCUUCUACAUCUCCUACACUAUCUUUGAAUUCCAGGCACUCAUGUGGAAGAUCAUGAAACCGCACCAAUGGGCGACCAUCGUGGUGUUCGGAUGGGGUUUGGUUGCAACGUGCCAAGCGGCAACGGUGAAUUGGCAGGGGAUGAUGGCACUCCGGUUUUUAAUGGGUGCAUUCGAGGCCGGGUUUGGGCCCGGUGUGCCAUACUUGCUGUCGUUCUUCUACAAGCGCCACGAGCUCGGUCUCCGAUGCGGCCUGUUUUUGUCCGCCGCGCCACUGGCGAAUACUUUCGCAGGAGCGCUGGCCUACGGUAUCACUUCUGGGUAUCCUGCAUUGGCGAAAUGGCGGGUGCUGUUCCUGGUGGAGGGGCUUCCCGUUUGCGCCGCGGCCAUUCUGGCUUGGUUCUUCGUGCCGGACAGCCCUGCGACAGCCAAGUUCCUCACCGAGGAGGAGAAGCAAGUCGCCCGUGCCCGCGCGCUUCAGAAGACGGGUGAAAGCGAAGAGGAGGGCAAGGUGCAGUGGAAAGAGCUGCUAGAGACCCUUGCGGAUCCCAAAGCAUGGUUCACCGCGCUGAUGUACUUUAGCUGCAAUGUCAGCUUUUCAUCUCUGCCUGUGUUCCUGCCGACUAUCCUCAACCAAAUGGGCUUCACAGCCAUUGACGCGCAGGGUCUCACCGCGCCGCCGUUCUUCGCCUCGUUCCUCGUGACGAUCGGGACCACCUGGGUGGCGGAUCGGAUCCAGCAGCGUGGACUCGUGAUCGCAACCCUCUCCGCGAUGGGUGGUGUGGGGUAUGUGCUGCUUGCCGCCUGCAGUUCCGUGGGCGUGCGGUACUUUGGGGUGUUUUUGGCGGCAUGUGGAAUCUUCCCGGCGAUCGCAAAUAUCCUGCCGUGGGUUACGAACAACCAAGGCUCCGAUACUCGCCGUGGAGGAGGCAUCAUCCUGCUCAAUGUCAUUGGGCAAUGCGGCCCCUUCCUGGGCACCAAUAUCUUCCCCGAUGAUGAAGGCCCGCGCUAUUUCAAGGGCAUGUGGAUCUGCGCCGCGUUCAUGUUCUUCACCAGCUUGCUCGCUCUGUCGCUUCGCACUCUGCUCGUGUGGGAGAACCGCAAGCUCGACAAGAAGUACGGGCCCCGCGUCGAGGCUGACCCGACCAAGGAGGCCGAGAUUCCUGUGGGGGUGGAGAAUUACGGCGCCGACUAUCGGUUUGUGCUGUAA